GAAGUACUUUUGUUGAUUUCCGGUGCCGUUGUUGCUAGUUCCUCCGGCUAAAAAUCUACUCUGUGCUCACAAAAUAUCAUUAAAUGCUUCCGUUUGACUACAGGACUUGGGCCGGUUGUCACUGCGGAUAAGUGUGACAGUGUGGUCGUUUGAGUCCCGUCAUCAGUGAUGUCACUGUUACAAAGUUUAAGACCUGCACUCACGUCGCUCUUCCAAGCGUCCCAGCAGACCUACGCAUGGACCCGCCCCCUGCUAUCCAGCACCAUGGCGACUCUCAACCAGAUGCACCGUAAGGGCAAACCCAAAGCUCCUCCCAAGCCAGUGGGUGCCACCUUUGGGCGGCCCCAGCUGAAGGCGGUCAUCCUGAAGACUAUGAUCAGGAAACCCAAGAAGCCCAACUCUGCAAACAGGAAGUGCGCCCGUGUGCGUCUGUCUAACGGCAAGGAGGCGGUGGUGUUCAUCCCCGGGGAGGGGCACAACCUACAGGAGCACAACGUGGUCCUGGUGGAGGGGGGCCGCACGCAAGACCUUCCUGGCGUCAAGCUGACAGUGGUCAGGGGCAAGUACGACUGUGCCCACGUUAUCAAGAAGAAACAAUAGACAUACUCAGCGGUGCCACCGACUGGCCUCAUGGACCAUCUAGUGACAGUGUGUCAAUGAAGUUGCUUCUGCCUUCUGUCUAUAUUUGGUCUGCUCUCAUUGGCCAAUCUGAGCUGAGUGGUAUGACCUCAACAUACACACACACACACAGAGUAUGGGAUGGAAGAUGACGUCACUAUUGUACUCGUUUUUUGUGUUCCAUUUUAAUAAAAACUUGAAGAUUUGA